CAGGGAAGCAUACUAUGAAGCCAAGAUGAAACAGCAGCGAGGAGAACUAGAGAAACUGAUGGAAGAGAGGCAAAGACUGCUAUCUGUACAGUUCCAGUUGCAGAAAUUAAAUCGUCAAAUGCCAUCAUUAUCAGCCACAUCAACUUCACUGGGGAACACUCCCAGAGGUAGUAAAAAUUCCAAUCCUAGUAGUAGGAAAAUUGAAGAUAGCCCAAGGGUUUCACUACCUGAAGGGUCUGAAGUGGAAUCUUCUAAUAGAGAACUUUGGUCUGAAAUGAGGCGACACAAAAUACUAAGGGAAGAGCUGAGACAAAAGAGAAAAGAACUGGAAGAGUUGUUAGAAGAAAGUAGGAGACAGAGGAAUUCUGCCGAUACAUCUGACCGUGGUACUUAUUCCAUUCAGAGUGAUGGUAAUGAUGGAAUGGGAAUGAGUGCAGACGUGACCACUCAAGCCACAUGGGGUGGCUCGACAACUCACAUGAGUGACAUGGAUGAUGAAGAUGAAGAAGAUGUUGAUGAUGGUUACCCUAGCGAUGGUAUUGUACAGGUUGAAGAAGAGGAAGAGCAAGAAGGUUCAUCGGAUCAUGAUACAUACACGAUAGAAGCCGACUACAGACAUCGGUCACGGAGACCUCUCACACCACCUGAUUUAACUUUCAUCAGGAAUAAGAAAAGAAAACAUGAAGAAGAUGAUCCAACUAAUAGGCGACCCUACAGACCAAAUAACCUGUUUAGUUCAAGGCGGGCAUUUAAUACCAGUAGAAUGUCUGGUUCUGCAAGGCAGGAGAACGUGAGGUCAGCAGAAGAGCUGAUCAGAGAGGAUGAGAGAAGACGCAACCCAACAGAGACUGAGCGGCAGCUGUUGUUAUGGCAAUGCCAGCAGUUACAGCAACAACUAAAUACUAGUACCAAUCUAUGUCAUACUCUGCUAAGAGAUCAACAAUCAAUUAUACACCUUUUGGGGAACAACAAUCCAACAUUUAGUAGUAUUGGAGGACCAUACACCUUACCAACACCAACCGGUACCAGCCCAUCACCUUUCACGCCGACAUCGCCAUAUGGCGGUGAUUCACUCUCCAAUUAUAACUUUCAACUACAGCAACAGCAGCUUCUGCUAAAUAUUAACCAUGCUUAUAAUCAAUUGUACCAGCAACAGUUGGAAAUCCGUGCCUUACAAGAACACUUUCAACAGCUGACAACAAGAGACAAUCAUAACCAUAACAAUUCCGCCCUUGAUGAUUUAAGGUACGGGGAAUACGACAGCGACCGACCUAGUUUGUUUGCCUCGCAUUUCCAAAGCCCUCAUAGGUUAACAACUUUCAAUCCUCCAUACGCCACAAUGAAUUCUACAUUCAACCUCUCACCCCAGUUUCCAUCCACUUUCUCACAUCCAACUAACUAUGCAAGUGCACACAAUGAGAGACUUUACGAUUCCGGGAAUCGACGAGCAGCUGAGGCAGCCGGAUACCCAAAGUAUGAACGUCAGGACGCCAGUACUAGGUAUGAUUAUUUGAGACAAUUUGAAGAUGCCAAUCAAAAUCCGUGGCAGAAUGAUUCAAUCCGAACGUUUCCACGGAGACAUGAAGCAGAGGAUGAUGAAAAUGAGGAGGAAUGUUAUGAAGAUGAUGAUAUAGUGAAUCAGCUGAACCAGCCCCGGAUUCCACCGCUCAAUUUAGCAGAGAUUCUCAAAAGAGCAGAGAAGAGGCGGGCUACCAGGUCACAGCAGGCCACAGACAAGUCAACUCAGGAGCCAGAUAUCAUAGGAACGAAAUUUCCCAGCCAAAGUAAAGCAACUGCUACCAGGAGUUUAGCCAAGAAAGACCGACGUCAGAAGCCAAAGAUAUCAAACCCUCAUGAUUUUCGUCCUGGUUUAAGUGCAGGUAUUAGCGGGACAGCUUUUGUCGAUACGGCGAGUUUGUCUAGUGCUAUAUCCAGUGUACCUGGUGGAAUAAAUGAAGAUAGAAUGGCUAAGAUGGCAAGGAAAGCUGUUAGUGAUGGUGAAUCUGAUGCACAGAGUGAUUUCUCAUUGUUUGAAGCAUUGCGCGAGAAUAUCUACUCGGAGGUUGCCACGCUGAUAUCACAGAAUGAAUCCCGUCCUCAUUAUCUGAUAGAAUUGUUCCGUGAGCUGCAGAUGUUGAAUACUGAUUACUUAAGACAGAGAGCCCUGUACUCGAUGCAAGACUUAGUUUCCAGGUACCUCACGGAAGAGAAUCUCACCAGGCCUAUCAAAAGUGUGGUAAGUUCAGUUGUAUUUAAAUACUAUGCCAAUCACCUCUGUGUGUGCUCUUAG